AUGUCACAUCAUCAUAAUCAAUUCUCUGGCCAACCAACAAACACUGCUGGUAUUGAUCACGGCGACGAUACUUCAGAAAACAUUUCAUUAGCGUCUACAGAAUACUCAGAGCAUCAGCAUAAUCGGCAUACUGAAGUCAAUCCCAUAACGCAUUCAGUUAAAGAGUCGAGCGACAGCAGUCAACAUCAGCAGCACCAGCACCAGCACCAGCACCAGCACCAACAGCACCAAAAUCAACAUCAAUUUGAAAACCCUCUUGGCGACGAAAAUGAUGACAAUGACGGAAAAGCAACCCCGUAUAACCCACCAACACCCAUCCUUGGUCCCCUAGCUGAUCUCGAACGAAGUAUUACUUCAUUUGAAUCACUUCAACAUCGAGACUUGUCACAUUUCCAAACAGCUCGCACGACGCAAACAAAUCAAACUAAUAAAACAAACAAAACUAAUCAGACCAAUGCAUCGAGCAAAACAUUACGAGUCAAGAGACUGGAAAGAAGAGGUUUACUAAGCCAGUUGGUUGUCAUUCCAGAAUACUAUGACGCAAGAGACUAUCCACUAAAAAUCAAAUACUUCAUUGUUGGGAUUAUAGCAUUGGCUUCAAUUACUGGUCCCAUGGGUACUUCCAUCAUGUUACCGGCAAUCGAUGAUAUUGUCGAUAAACUAGAUACUACAGUGAGUAUGGUCAAUGUCUCCGUUGGUAUAUACCUUUUAUCCCUAGGUAUUUUCCCACUUUGGUGGUCUUCUUUUAGUGAAAGAUUUGGGAGAAGAUCAGUUUACUUUAUUAGUUUUGUCCUCUUUGUUGCAUUCAGUAUUGGUACAUCUUUGUCACCAAAUAUUAGCGCAUUAAUAGUUUUAAGAGUUCUACAAGGUGGCUCCUCGGCAAGUGUCCAGGCAGUGGGGGCAGGUACAAUUGCAGAUUUGUUUGUGCCUCAGGAAAGAGGUAAGGCUAUGGGAUGGUACUACCUAGGUCCAUUAAUGGGCCCAUUUUUGGCUCCUAUAUUGGGUGGUGCAGUAUCACAAGCAUGGGGCUGGAGAGCAACUCAAUGGUUAUUAAUGAUAUUUGCCGCUUGCAAUCUAAUCAGUAUCACUUUCUUCUUACCUGAGACAUUAAGGAAGCUUGAUAAUUUGGCAUUAUUGAAGAAUAUAAUGAAGCAGGCGCAAGGAGCCGAGCCAAUUGAUGAAAAAGAAAAGACAGAGGAGAAUGUGCAACAAAAUGAAAAAGAGAAACUGGAAAAUAGCGAUGACUCUAGUUUUCAAGGUGAAGAGAUAUUACCCACACGACAACAACAACAACAACAACAACAACAACAACAACAGCAACAUCAACAACACAACAAGAACCAAACUAAAGGCCACCAUGAUCCACAUAUUCUAACAGAUAAUCAAGACCAGGAUUUACAACGCGUUGCAACCAAUAUGAGUCGAAGAUCAAGCGCAAGAUCGGUUCGGUCUAUAAUUGAAGACGACGAAGACGAGGGUCCCAUUAUGGAUCCAGUGAUGCCCACUUUGUCUCGAUUGACAACUAAUCGAUCGUCAUACUCACGCAAAUUGCAACAAUCAUACGUUGCAGGCGAGAUUCGUCGUUCAAUGUCCAAUAUGGGGGUAGCAACUGAAGAGUUACCUCGAGAAGAAAACGGAAUUGGGGCAACAAACACUUCAACUCUGCUUACACAGCCACCAUCUUUGAAUAAAAGAGCCGAGUUUAAACGUAAUUGUUACGAUUUGAUCAUUCGUCCACUCCACUCGCUUGUUCUUUUGAAACACCCACCUGUUGUGCUUGUUAUUCUCUACUCUGGAAUAUCAUUUGCAGUAAUUUAUUUCUUCAACAUGACCAUUUCGUACGAAUAUGCUCGUGAACCUUAUAAGUUUAGUCAAAUUAUUGUUGGGUUGAUGUAUAUCCCCAAUUCAGUAACAUACCUUGCUGCCUCAAUGAUUGGUGGUCGAUGGAAUGAUCAUUUGUUAAACAAAUACGCUGAAAAGCAUGGUGAGCUAGUCCCCGAAUCACGUAUAUCUUGGAACAUUGUUCUUGCCGUAAUUCUAUACCCAAUGGCGUGCCUCAUCUUUGGAUGGACAAUCAAGUAUGGUGAGUUUUGGCUCGUUCCCUUGAUUGGCACUGCAAUUUGUGGGUUUGCCUCGAUGUUGGUGAUUGGUGCAACAGUCACUUACCUAGUGGAUACUUUGCCUGGUAAAGGUGCAACUGGAGUAGCAUUAAACAAUUUAAUCAGACAGAUCUUGGCUGCUGUGGCUACCUUUAUUGUUGAGCCCUUGUUGGUAGCAAUUGGUCCUGGUAUUUUGUUUAGUAUAUUGAUGGGCAUAUUGACGGUGGCAUCAUUAAUCUUGUUGUACUUGAAAAGAAAAGGUGCGUAUUUUAGAGAACAUUACGAUUUGAUGAAACUCUACGAUAAAUUGUGA